ACAGACGAAUUAAACAAAAACAUUAGUUCAGAUUAUCAAGAUAUACAAAUCCGUACCUUAACGAAAUGGAUAAAUGUUCAAUUAAGCCAAGUAGACGAGCAUAUCGAUAGCAUAGAUAAAGAUUUAAAAAAUGGCAAGAAGCUUCUGAAGCUGUUAUCUGUUGUUUCAAAGAAUACUUCUGCUUUGAAACCAGAGAGGGGUAAUAUGCGAAUUCAUGAACUUUCAAAUGUAGCACUAGCAUUGAAAUUCCUACAAGAUGAAUGGGGUGCCGAUAGUUUACCUGCUAUUGGAAGUGAGGCAAUUGUAAAUGGCGAU